UAUACUUUCAACACUAGUCGUAUUCUGGUGACUGGUACGUGAAAUUGAAGCUACAACAGACUGUUACCAUGAACCGUUGGUUAGCGCUAUUCUGCAUGCUGAGCAUCCUCGGCGGAGCAUACUCGUACUACACACCAAUUUCAGUGGGUGCAAAUGCUCUGACUACGAUGUCUACUAGUCUGAAAACCAUAUCAACUACAGUUGGCAACUAUUAUGUAUCAUUGAACUUGGCCCGAACAAAAAUAUUUGCUGCUUUGAACGAUUUGACGCAAUAUGUCAAUGUGACAUACGGGGCAUUUAACACUACCUAUGGAGCUAAUCAACCUUUGUUGAACAGUUUUAUGUCAACGGUUGGCUACUUGAACCAAUCGGUUGCCCAAGGGGAUAAUCAGGUUACACAAGGCAUCAUCAACGAUUUCACCUCGCUGAGUCAAUACUUGCAACAAUCGAUUGAUACUAUAUUACAAAGUUUUUCGUCGCUAUCGUCCAUUACCUACAAUACAAAUGGUGACAACUGCACCCUCCGUAAUGCCACCCAAAUGGCAAAUGUUCCGAACGACCUCGUGAAUCUUGGUACUUGUUUGCAAGUGGAGUCGGAUCAGAUUACAGCUAUCGUUCCUAACGUUUUAAAUAUAAUUGGCACCGUCAAGAGUGAUUUAAUCCUGCUCAACAACCAGCUAAAGAUUUGCAGCUCGCAGUCGCCCUCAUGCAUCACCGAGUAUUUCAAUGAACUUUGGCAGGAAUAUAGCGCCUUUCAGAUGGAGUUAUACCUGCUUCAGAGUGUUGUUUCAUCUGCGCAACAAGAUGCCACCGAUCGCAACAGGUUUUGCGGAGAUCUAACUAAAGCAGAUGUUCAGGAUGAUAUCCAAAAUCUAAUGAUGGCUGUUUCGUCGUGUAUGUAUCCAAGCUCCUAAAAAUUUUACGCUUCUGGUGAUGUAUGAAUAAAAGUACAGCUAUUAAUAA